CCGCUGCCACUGCCUUUGCCGCCAGGGUCUCCGCCGCCGCCGUCCCCGCGCUGCCUUCCGGAGGCUCCAUUGUUUCGGCAGCGCCUGGUCCCGAGGCCGGGCAACCUAGGGGCUCGCGAAAAAGGCGGCGGCCAGCCGCGGCCGACGGAGUCGAGACACCCAGGCGCCGGCGGGACCGGGAGCGGCAGGGAUCAGCGCGGGAAUCCCGGGGAGCCGCGGCCAGAGUGCGGGGCGGCGGGGGGCCGGGGUGGCGAGGUCUGUGGUCCCAGAGUUGGGGCUCCAGCUUCCCGGUCCGUCUUUCCCCGCCGGCCUCCCCAAGAGGGGUCGGAGCCCCGGCGGGCGCCCCCGGCGAUGAGCCCGGACUCGAGGUGCCCGGGGCAACAUUGUAUCCUUCGGGGCCGCCUGGGCCAAUGGCAGGAGAGGAGCCUUGUUUAAGUUGUUACACUUCGACAAAGGGGAAACGCCGCCGCAUCCGGGAGAGAGGGCUGCGGGCACCUCUGGGGCCCGGCCUGGUCCCUCCGGCCCCCGCCCCCUACUUCCUCCGGCCCUCUGAGCUACGGGAGCAGCUGCGGCCGCCACACUCCUGGGCCCCGGGCCCUCCCCACGGGCUUUCAGGUUAAGUUCUGAUCUCUGUCCCCUAUGCCUCUGCUGCCGGGUCAGAAGCCAGGAUGGCAGAGUCGAAACAUUCACCGGGGACCCAGCACCGAAAGAGGAGAGCUUGUUUGUGCUUCCUGUUGGUUUGUGUUUAAAGGCACAUCCGCAGUUGUGACAGCAUGGGGGUGGACUUUGAUGUGAAGACUUUCUGCCACAACUUGCGGGCAACUAAGCCACCAUAUGAGUGUCCCGUGGAGACCUGCCGUAAGGUCUAUAAAAGCUACAGUGGUAUCGAGUACCAUCUGUACCACUAUGACCACGACAACCCGCCGCCCCCGCAGCAGACUCCACUCCGCAAGCACAAGAAGAAGGGGCGUCAGUCACGCCCAGCCAACAAGCAGUCACCUAGCCCCUCAGAGGUGUCACAGUCGCCAGGCCGUGAGGUGAUGAGCUACGCACAGGCCCAGCGCAUGGUGGAGGUGGACCUGCAUGGCCGUGUCCACCGCAUCAGCAUCUUCGAUAACCUGGAUGUAGUGUCAGAGGAUGAGGAGGCCCCAGAAGAAGCCCCCGAGAACAGCAGCAACAAGGAGAACACAGAGACACCAGCUGCCACUCCUAAGUCGGGCAAGCAUAAGAACAAGGAGAAACGCAAGGACUCCAACCACCAUCACCACCAUAAUGCUUCAGCGAGUGCCACUCCCAAGCUGCCAGAGGUGGUAUACCGAGAGCUGGAGCAGGAUACCCCUGAUGCCCCGCCCCGGCCAACUUCCUAUUACCGGUACAUUGAGAAGUCAGCAGAGGAGCUGGACGAGGAAGUAGAGUAUGACAUGGACGAGGAGGACUACAUCUGGCUGGACAUCAUGAACGAGCGGCGGAAGACAGAGGGUGUGAGUCCCAUCCCGCAGGAGAUCUUUGAGUACCUAAUGGACCGGCUGGAGAAGGAGUCAUACUUUGAGAGCCACAAUAAAGGCGACCCCAAUGCACUAGUGGAUGAGGAUGCCGUGUGCUGUAUCUGCAAUGACGGUGAGUGCCAGAACAGCAAUGUCAUCCUCUUCUGUGACAUGUGCAACCUGGCCGUGCACCAGGAGUGCUACGGUGUACCCUACAUUCCUGAGGGCCAGUGGCUGUGCCGCCGCUGCCUGCAGUCACCCUCCCGCGCUGUGGACUGUGCCCUGUGCCCCAACAAGGGUGGUGCCUUCAAGCAGACAGAUGAUGGGCGGUGGGCUCAUGUGGUGUGUGCCCUAUGGAUCCCCGAGGUCUGCUUUGCCAACACAGUCUUCCUAGAGCCUAUCGACAGCAUCGAGCACAUCCCACCAGCUCGCUGGAAGCUUACCUGCUACAUUUGCAAACAGCGGGGCUCAGGGGCCUGCAUCCAGUGCCACAAGGCCAACUGCUACACAGCCUUCCACGUGACAUGCGCCCAACAGGCUGGCCUUUACAUGAAGAUGGAGCCUGUGCGGGAGACAGGUGCCAACGGCACCUCCUUCAGCGUCCGCAAGACGGCCUACUGCGACAUCCACACACCCCCAGGUUCAGCACGCCGCCUGCCUGCCCUGUCGCAUAGUGAGGGUGAAGAGGAUGAGGACGAAGAGGAGGAAGAGGGUAAAAGCUGGAGCUCAGAGAAAGUCAAGAAGGCCAAGGCCAAGUCUCGGAUCAAGAUGAAGAAGGCGCGGAAGAUCCUGGCAGAGAAGCGAGCAGCAGCACCUGUGGUGUCGGUGCCGUGCAUCCCACCACACAGGCUAAGCAAAAUCACCAACCGCCUGACCAUCCAGAGGAAGAGCCAGUUCAUGCAGAGGCUUCACAGCUAUUGGACACUGAAGCGGCAGUCACGAAAUGGGGUCCCACUGCUGCGUCGCCUGCAGACACACCUGCAGUCUCAGAGGAACUGUGACCAAAUUGGGAGAGAUUCUGAGGAUAAGAACUGGGCCCUCAAAGAACAGCUUAAGUCCUGGCAGCGCCUCCGGCACGAUCUGGAGCGAGCUCGGCUGCUGGUAGAACUGAUCCGCAAGCGGGAGAAGCUCAAAAGGGAGAUGAUCAAAGUGCAGCAGAUCGCCAUGGAGAUGCAGCUGACCCCUUUCCUCAUCCUCCUUCGCAAAACCUUAGAGCAGCUCCAAGAGAAGGACACAGGCAACAUCUUCAGCGAGCCGGUCCCUCUGUCUGAGGUACCUGACUACCUAGACCACAUCAAAAAACCCAUGGACUUUUUCACCAUGAAGCAGAACUUGGAAGCUUACCGCUACCUGAACUUUGAUGAUUUUGAGGAGGACUUCAACCUCAUUGUCAGCAACUGCCUCAAGUACAAUGCCAAGGACACCAUCUUCUACCGGGCAGCAGUGCGGCUCCGUGAGCAGGGUGGUGCUGUGCUCCGCCAGGCCCGGCGCCAGGCAGAAAAAAUGGGCAUUGACUUCGAGACGGGCAUGCAUAUCCCCCACAGCCUGGCUGGAGAUGAGGCCUCACAUCACGCCGAAGAUGCAGCAGAAGAAGAGCGGCUAGUCCUACUGGAGAACCAGAAGCACCUGCCAGUGGAAGAGCAGCUGAAGUUGCUGCUGGAGCGACUAGAUGAGGUGAAUGCCAGCAAGCAGAGUGUUGGCCGCUCACGGCGUGCAAAGAUGAUCAAGAAGGAGAUGACGGCGCUGCGGCGGAAGCUGGCCCAUCAGCGGGAGACUGGACGGGAUGGGCCUGAGCGGCAUGGCCCCUCAAGCCGGGGCAAUCUGACACCCCACCCGGCAGCCUGCGACAAGGAUGGGCAGACAGACAGCGCCGCUGAGGAGAGCAGCAGCCAGGAGACAAGCAAAGGCCUGGGUCCCAACAUGUCCUCAACCCCCGCACAUGAGGUGGGCAGGAGAACCUCAGUUCUGUUCUCCAAAAAGAACCCGAAGACAGCUGGACCGCCCAAGAGGCCGGGCCGGCCCCCCAAAAACCGGGAGAGCCAGAUGACCCCCAGCCACGGAGGCAGUCCUGUGGGGCCCCCCCAGCUCCCCAUCAUGGGCUCCCUGCGUCAGCGCAAGCGGGGUAGGAGCCCCCGACCCAGUUCGAGUUCAGACAGCGACAGUGAUAAGUCCACAGAAGACCCCCCAAUGGACUUACCAGCUAAUGGCUUCAGCAGUGGAAACCAGCCAGUGAAGAAGAGUUUCUUGGUAUACCGUAAUGACUGCAGCCUUCCCCGGAGCAGCUCAGACUCUGAGUCCAGCAGCAGUAGCAGCAGCAGCGCUGCCUCAGACCGAACCAGCACAACGCCCUCAAAACAAGGCCGGGGCAAGCCCUCCUUCUCUCGGGGCACAUUCCCAGAGGACAGCAGUGAGGAUACCUCAGGCACUGAGAAUGAGGCCUACUCCGUGGGCACUGGCCGCGGCGUGGGCCACAGCAGUAAGUACCCUCGCCCAAGGCCAGGGAUGCCGGGGGCCCAGUGUCAGAGCCUCGCCAGUCUCCCAGCAGCUGAUCCGCCCCCUCUCUCCCAUUCCUGUGAAGUGGUGAGGAAGAGUCUGGGCCGGGGAGCUGGCUGGCUGUCGGAGGAUGAGGACUCCCCUCUGGACGCUCUGGACCUUGUGUGGGCCAAAUGCCGAGGGUAUCCAUCGUACCCAGCUCUGAUCAUUGAUCCAAAGAUGCCCCGGGAGGGUAUGUUCCACCAUGGGGUUCCCAUCCCUGUGCCCCCACUGGAGGUGCUGAAACUUGGGGAACAGAUGACCCAGGAAGCCCGAGAGCAUCUCUACCUCGUCCUCUUCUUUGACAACAAGCGAACCUGGCAGUGGCUGCCCAGGACCAAGCUCGUUCCACUGGGGGUGAACCAGGACCUGGACAAGGAGAAGAUGCUGGAGGGCCGCAAGUCCAACAUCCGGAAGUCAGUGCAGAUCGCCUACCACAGGGCUCUGCAGCACCGCAGCAAGGUGCAGGGCGAGCAGAGCAGCGAGACCAGUGAUAGUGACUGAUGCUGCCCGGCACAGCCCAAGCCAGUGUCCUGUGAUUCUCUCCUCCCCUCUGCUCACUGUCCUGGAGUGGCACCGGCCUCUGCACUGACUUAUUCCUGGUCUUGGGGCCAGUCUCAGGGGAAGCUGGGCGGGGGAGGUCCCUCCCGCCCUGAGUGCAGCUGGACUGUACAGAACACUCCAAGGGCCCGUGGCGGCUCUGGGAAAGUAGAGGGGUGGUCCACAGGCCAGAAAGCCCCAGAGAUCCCAUGGCAUUGUAGGGCAUGGUGGUGGGCCAAGGUUAGGACACUGCAUAAAACAGGCCAUGCUACCACCUCUCUCUACUCGUGCCAGGAGACUUCGUAACUGCCUAGAGGCCUGAGGCCCCCGCAAGUGGUGAGGUGCACGGGCAUCUGCCCAGCCUAGCAGUGGGAUUGAUGUCUGUCCAGCCCGGAAGAGGGGCACUAGGUGACCCCCUCCCCUGCUGUUGUAAAUACUGUAAUUAGCAGAGAAUUUAAAUUAUUCUCAUUUGUAACUGCGUUUCCGGGUCGCGCCAGAGUCAUUUGCUACUAAAAAAAAAAAAAGAAAAGAAAAAACCUGGGGCCUGUCCCCACUUCCUUUCUCCUUCCCAUAGAUACCCUCCCCCUUUCAAACUGGUUUGUAUUUAUUUCAAAGGAAGAAAAUAUAUUGAUUCUUAGAAAAUAAAUGGUCUAUUUGGAAUUCUUGGUUCUUGCCUUCUGCCAGGGAAAAGGGGUAAAAAGGGAGGUUCUGUCCCCCAGGGAUGGUAAAUAAUUGGGCCCAAGUGGUUACUGGCUGCUUUGCAUGCCUCAUUUAGAAGACAACCACAAAGAUGAUAGCUCCCAUUUCCAUCCACUUAAUGACUGGUAGUCCCUGUGGUAAAGUACCUUUAGAUACACAAUUUUAUGUAAUCCUUGCAAUAACUCUAUGGAGUAAGUUAAUAAUAGAGUGGUUAUCCCCACGAAGACACUGAGGUAUAGAAAAAUUAAGUAACUUGCCUAAAUUCCCACAUCUAGGAAGUUGCGAGCUAGGAUUUGAACUCAGGUCUAUUUGCUGAACUGCUGAAGGUGGAGGAAGAGUCAACUGCAGAUUCCUCUUUGGAUUUCAGAUGCUUCAAGUCCUUUGCCAGUAGGAUGGCCCGAGUGCUUCAGAGUCACUACAUCUGUGAUCUUUCCAUCCCUGUCCCCUGGCUUUGCUGAGGACAUAGACUGUAGAAGAUUCCUUUUUGUGCAUUCCCACCCUUGGCACCUUCUAUUACCAUUCAAGCAACAUUUAUUGGAGGAAUGCCUUCUGAGUGCUUGGCACUGUGGGGUGGUAUGCCUAUGAGUGAGAAGACAACCUCAGGGAAAGAUAAUUGCCCAAGGCCUUGGAGCUACUGAGUGGAACCGAGACAAACACCAUUGGUCUGAUGAUGAUCCUAUGCUCAGGGUACACCAUGAGAGGUGCUGUGGGACACAAAGGUGAACUUGCAGAUCUUGUCCUUAAAGAACUUGCAGUCUAAUCAUUCAGACACAAUCAAGUAUCACUGCUAGAAAGUGAAAAUGGUCUAAAUAAAGUUCAUGUCUCCUAUGUCUCUGAUUUUUGUGUGUUUCUCUUGAAGGGAAAUCAGAAUACGUCACCCCUGGGCCCAGGUGGCUGGCACUGGCAACUGAGCUAGGCUGCCUCUGGGCCACACAUUUGUCCCUGGGGACUUAAAAACCAAGACUCCAAGUAAUGAGCUGCUUGU